AUGGAUUUUCAAUCAAUGAUGAAUCAAGCAUCUAUGGGAGGAGGACAGCAAGGUGGAGGUCCAGGUGGUGAUGCUCCUCAACAUGACAAUGCAGAGAUGAUUUAUAUUUCAAGUUUAGCACUUCUAAAGAUGCUCAAACAUGGAAGAGCAGGUGUACCAAUGGAAGUGAUGGGAUUGAUGUUGGGUGAAUUUGUGGACGAUUAUACAGUCACAGUUAUCGACGUUUUUGCUAUGCCUCAAUCAGGUACCGGUGUCAGUGUCGAAUCGGUUGAUGAAGUUUUCCAAACGAAAAUGCUCGAAAUGCUCAAACAAACAGGAAGACCGGAGAUGGUGGUCGGUUGGUACCAUUCCCACCCUGGAUUCGGAUGUUGGCUAUCGAGCGUUGAUGUGAACACACAACAAAGCUUUGAACAACUACAACCUCGUGCCGUUGCUGUUGUGGUGGAUCCGAUCCAAUCUGUGCCCGGAAAGGUUGUCAUCGAUGCUUUCCGACUCAUCAAUCCAAACACAGUCAUCCUAGGUCAAGAACCCCGUCAAACCACUUCCAACGUUGGUCACUUGAACAAGCCUAGCAUUCAGAGUUUGAUCCACGGUCUCAAUAGACAUUAUUACAGUAUUCCAAUGGGAUACCGUAAGACAGAGUUGGAACAAAGCAUGCUUGGCAAUUUGCACAAGAAAGGCUGGAUGGAAGGAUUACGGUUGAGAGAUUGGGGAGAGCAUAAGAAGCAAAACGAGAAAGCUGUUCAGAGAAUGCUUUCACUCUCAGAAGCAUACAAUAAGUCAGUACAAGAAGAAAGCACCUUAACAGCAGAACAGCUGAAAACACGCCACGUCGGUAAGCAAGAUCCCAAGAGACAUUUGGAGGAUGCUGUUGAGGCUGCGAUGGGUGAUCAAAUUGUUCAAAGUUUGGGAACGAUGCUUCUUGCAGAGUUGUGA